AUGGGACAGGCGGAGCAGCGAAGCAAGGCCGCGGCCGACGCCGCAAGACGCGGCGAAGCAAGAGGCGGCAGCAGUGAGCACGCGGAUUACAGUGGCGGCGGAGUGGGGGGUAGCGCCGGCGGCGGGAGUAACGCGGAGCGCACGUGGGAGACGAGCGGGAGCGGGGAGGAGCCCGCGGCGGGCGGUUCGAAUGAUCUUACGGCGGCGGACGCGGCUCUGCUAUCGCAGCUCCGCAGCGCGCACGACUCGCUCCCCCGCCCCUCAUUCCAAUCGCCCACCGCACUGCAUGAUAGGACUCCCGCAUCUGGCGGCGACGCAUGUUGGGAAGCGUCCGGAACUCCGGGCCGCGGGUUUAGGGAGCCUCAAAGGCUGCGCGCACCAGGCGGCGGGAGUUGCGGGCUGCAGUUGGCGGUCGCGGAGCAGCUGGACCAGCUGCAGCAAGAGGAGCGCCGCGAUGAGCUCGAACGGCGGGAAGCGCCCCGAGAUAGCGAUCUGGGAAUGCGGCGCGGUGCGACGGGAGAGCAGCAGGAAGCCGGGCGAUACGAACAUAUGUUUGAGAGGACGGUUGGAACGGACGACACGUGUCCUCCACACGCGAGGCCGUCGCCGCUGCUGUCGCUCGAAACCAACUUCCGCGAUUUCCGCGCGAGAAGGGGAGGCGGGGUGACUGGCGACGGUCGCAGCGCGGACGCCCUUGCGGUCGACCUUGGCUUAGCGUCGCAGCAGCUUGUUGAUGGUGUCGCGAUAAGCAAUAGCGGGGAUGCGAGCGGGAGCAGGGGGCAGCAGAAUUUGUGGAGUCCGAGCAUCAACCAAAGCCGCAGCGGAAACGAUUGGGGGUUAGGAGGUAGGGAGGAGUGGAGCAGAAGUGGCGGGGCCAUGGCGCCUCCCACUCGGCCCGCGUCUGCCGCCAUUACCAGCGCCAACGCCCGCGCUGCCGGCGCAGCCGCUGGCGGAGCUUCCGCCGUUGCUGGUGCUUCCCCGGGCGGCGAUGACGUGGCUCGCGCAGGCGACAGCGCGCACCUGGACCCGCAGGGGGCAGGACCCGCGGGGCAGCUGCCACGUGGCAGCAGGUCGAAGAGCGUUGGUCAGAUGCAGGCGGCUCGGAUUCUGCAGGCUCUGGAGCACGGCGCGCGGGAGAGAGUGAAGCGGCGGCGCACGCAGCAGAAACACCUGGAGCACCUGCAGCUGCAGCAGGAGCAGCAGGAGGAAGGGCAAGGGCAAGAGCAACAGCAAUGUGGUCUUCCUGGCUUCGCAUUACUGACCUCUCCCCUCUCCGUCUCCUCCACUCCCCCUCUUGCACCCAGUGCUGCCCCGUCACACACCCCCGCGCACGCAGCACCGCACGCAGCGCUAAUCCCCCCGGUUCCCAUGUCAUGGGGCUACGGCCCCCUUGCACCUGCGGCGGAGGCGCGCGGAGGCGCGCAGGGGCGCAGCGAGGGCGAGGCGGAGAGACGGCGGCGGGAGCAGGAGCGGGUGGCGUUUGAUUGGAGCGAGAAGGGUCCGCGGAGCCACAGCGAGGCGGAGAAGCGCAGGCGCGAGCGCAUUAACCAGCAGCUGGGCGUGCUGCGCGCGCUGCUGCCAGGCGCGGCCAUGGCGAGGGCGGACAAGGCGAGCGUGCUGGCGGAAGCAGUGGCGCAGCUGCGGGCGCUGAGGGCAGGCUUGGGGGAAAGUUGCGGGGAGGGGGGAGAGGGGGAGGAGGAACGGGAGGAAGGGCAGCAGGGGGCGGGGAAGCAGGAGGGAGCAGAAGAGCAGGGAGGGGAGGGGCAGAGAGCAGAGGGAGAGGGAGAGGAGGAGGGAGCAGAGAGAGCGAAAAGAGCAACAGGAGCAGCAGCAGGGCUGCUUGCUUCCAGCCUGCUGGCAUGUGGCAGGGGGGAUGAGGUGGGGGAGGAGGUGAGGGAGGAGCAGGAGGAGGAGCAGGAAGAGGUGGACCGGAGGGGAGGAGAAGGGCUAGCGGGGCGCAAGAGGAAGCGAGGGAGUGAGGGGGAAAGGGCGGUGUGUGUGUGCGUUUGGUGCGAGGACGGGGAUGGCCUGCUGCCUGCCAUCCAGGCGGCUCUCAAGCCCUUCCCUCUGCGUCUCGCCAGCCUUGAGUCUGCCUCCUGUGGUUCGCGUGUCGCCCACGUGCUGCUGCUGCACGCCUGCCCUGCUCUGGCUGCUGCUACCGCUGACACCGGCCCUGCUGCGUCCCUCCCAUGUGCUCCCGUUGCUCCUGACUUUAAACCUGCACUGGCUGCUCGACCUCCUGGUGCUGCGUCUGCUGCUGCAAUUGGUGCUCCAGGCUCAUCAGCAGCUGCAGUGCCUGAACAGGAGCAGCAGCACGAGGGAGUAGGAAGAUCAGGGGCGGAAGUGAACGAGUGUGAAGGGGAUGCUUCAGAGACAAAAACAGCAGGUGGGGAAGGCGGGGUGGCUCAGUACGUGCGUGAGGUGCCGGGCUUUUAA